AUGGAGAAUUUAUCAGUUUGUUUCCAGAUGAAGGAACUCGGACAACUCAUGCACUUCCUUAGUCUAGAGUUUGAUCGCACACAAGAAGGAAUAUUUCUCUGUCAACAUAAAUAUGCCAAAGAUUUGAUAAAGAGGUUCGGAAUGCUCGAAUGCAAGUCGAUUUCGACACCGAUGGAACCAAAUGCCAAAAUGUGUGCAUAUGAAGGAAAAGAUUUGGAAGAUGCGACAAUGUAUCAACAAUUGGUAGGUAGUCUGAUCUACUUAACCUUGACUCGACCUGACAUUUCUUAUGCAGUUGGUGUGAUGAGUCGAUACAUGCAAAAUCCAAAGAAGCCACAUUUGGAAGCAGUUCGACGAAUACUGAGAUAUGUGAAGAGUAAAAUUGACUAUGGUAUUUUGUACAAGAAAGGUGAAGACUGCAAGUUAGUUGGUUACUGUGAUGCUGACUAUGCAGGAGAUCAUGACACCAGGAGAUCAACAACUGGGUAUGUGUUUAAGCUUGGCUCCGGAACAAUUUCUUGGUGUAGCAAGAGACAGCCAACGGUAUCAUUGUCAACCACUGAAGCUGAGUAUCGAGCAGCAGCAAUGGUAGCUCAAGAAAGUACAUGGUUGAUACAGCUGAUGAAUAAUAUACAUCAACUAGUAGAUUAUGUAGUUCCAAAGUACUGUGACAAUCAGUCGACAAUUUUUUUGGCGGAGAAUCCAGUUUUUCAUGCAAGAACUAAGCAUGUUGAAGUGCACUAUCACUUUAUCAGAGAAAAGGUUCUGCAAGAAGAAAUUGAGAUGAAACAGAUCAAGACGGAUGAUCAAGUUGCAGAUUUGUUCACAAAAAGUCUAAGUACAUGCAAGCUCGAAAAGUUUCGUCAACAGCUUGACAUAGUACAAAGAAGAAGAGCUGAUAUUGAGGGGGAGUGUUAA